GAGGAUCUUAUACAGGUACAUGCCUAACACGUAGGCACCUAACGUAAGGCAGGCUUAGGUACCUAAGGUACCUACGCUCGCUACCUGGCGGGGUCCCCGGGUAACCAUCAACAUGUAUCCGACGGAGAUAAUGCCCUGGCGACAUUCAGUAUCGACAAGGCACCAUGGAUUGCCGCCCAUGCUGCCAGACUAGACUCUCUUCAGAUGUAGAGGUCCGUCUCUCGGAGCUCGCUCCCGCAUCUGCCCAUUAUCUAUCUACGUCCUACGCGUUAUAUACCCACCAUUUUAUCUAGCUAUCUCCAUGCCUAGACAAUUCCAUAUCUACGUAGCUCUAGUGCCGACGGGGUGGCAUUGCGCAACCCGCCUCACCCGGCUCUAAGCGUUAUCAUCGGAUGCGAACCUCACGUUCUCGAAAGCGGAAGCAGGUCUGAUACCCGAAACGAAUAUAUCGUCAUAUAGAUAUAUUGCUGUCGAGUUUCCCAUGUUCCCACAUUGUUCAGCACCCGGCAGCCUGCAUCCCACCUCGUCAACCCAAAUACGCCAUCCUCGCGCCCGGGCGUUCGCCAACGAUUGGUCUACCGUCUAGUGUCGAAUGACCAUGGCGUCUAGCGGCAGUCCCUCUAUCCUAGGCUCUAUCGACCUACUCAUGGGCCGGCCGACACUGCGUUUGCAAGGGGCCCGUGAGCUGGCAGCGGCUUCGCAAACCAUUCUCCUGCAAUCCCAGGCGUCUGGUCGAGCGCUGACGUACGGAACCGACCACGGCGAUGACUCGAUUCGCGAGCACGUUGCUGUUUGGCUUAGUCGCAAAUACAGACCUGCCUCUGGCCCCAUAUCGCUAGACCGGGUCAUCCUCACCAACGGCGCGGCCGGGGCGCUGGCAGGCGUGCUCCAAAAGUUUACCGAUCCCGCAUACACUCGGCGUAUGUUCCUCGUAGAGCCUACUUACUUCCUAGCCAUUCAGACCUUUUUUGAUGCUGGCCUCGGCAGGAAGAUGCAAGGCGUCCCGGAGGACGACGAGGGGAUCGACCUGGAAUUUCUGAGGCGCCGAUUGGAGGAGGAGGAGAGUAGAGCCCUAGAUCGUACUGCUCUCGAUGUGGAUUUCACCACAAAACUGCCCAGCCAUGGAUACAGGAAACUUUACAAAUAUGCCUUAUACGUAGUCCCGACACUGUCGAAUCCCAGCGGCAAAACGAUGUCAUUGCAUCACCGGAGAGCGCUCGUUGAGCUAGCCCGCCAGUUUGAUAUUCUCUUGAUAGCAGACGACGUCUACGACUUUCUUGCUUGGCCAGACGACGAUAACCUCUCUCACAAGGACUUGGAGCUUCCUCCAAGGUUAGUCGACAUCGACCGCGAGAUGGCCGGGGCCAGCGAAUGGGGCAAUACCGUAAGCAAUGGUUCUUUCUCAAAACUCAUGGCCCCUGGCCUUCGGGUCGGAUGGUGUGAAGCGACCCCGAGUUUUAUCCGUUCCAUCUCUACCUACGGGCCAACAGCAUCGGGGGGCUGCCCGUCACAGUACACUUCUUUCCUGAUCGACCACUUAUUGAAGUCUGGGACACUCGAACGCCACGUGCAGGACACGUUGAUUCCAACGUACCGUAGACGCUACAAUGUUCUUGUAGACGCCAUAAAGACUCACCUAUACCCUCUCGGGAUCCGAAUAUCGGCGGGGAAUCCUUACGAAACCUACACCGCAGACAAGACCGGAAACCGGGUACCGACAACCUUAGCUGGCGGCUUCUUUCUGUACGUUGACUUCCCGAAAGACGCAUCUUUUCCCCUGGUAACAGACAUUAUUCGUUUCGGUUCGGACGAGUUUUCUCUAAGGAUUGCGCCGGGCGAGAUCUUUGCCGUUAGGGGAGACCCGGAGGGUCUUCUCAGGGCGAGUCGAACUUUCAAUAAGGGAACCAGACUAUGUUGGGCCUGGCACGAAGAAGAGGACUUGGUUCGAGGUAUGGCUAAGCUCGCAGAGGCAAUCGAACGGGCAAGGGCUGUUAGCAUAUGAUAUCUCCCCCCCCGGUCUAUCUAGAGAAUCGAAACAGAAUAAUGUUCUAGAUAUGUAGUCCGGGUUCGGCA